AUGCAGAAUUCAUCAUGCUAUCCGAACCCAGGCUUGAAUCAAUAUGAAUACUUUAUCGACUUCACCAACCCUCCGGCAGAUCUGAAUGAGGAUUGGAGCACAUCAAACUACGCCACCAUCACAUAUAACACCAAGGCCAAGAACGGCGCCGAGUUCACCUUUGCGAAGCGAUAUGACGCGCCUCAGCUCUUCACCAACUUCUACAUCUUCUUUGGCCGCGUCGACGUUGUGAUGCAAGUUUCGCCCGGCGUGGCCAUGAUAUCAUCGGCUGUUCUCAUGUCUGAUGACUUUGAUGAGAUUGACUGGGAAAUGUCGGGCAACGACUUUAACCUGGCCAAACAGUAUCCCAAUGGAGUCGUACAAAAUAACUAUUUUUCCAAGGGCAUCACUGGCAACUACGACCGAGGCCAAUGGCAAGUCUGCACUCGACCUCAGACACAGUUUCAUACCUAUUCGUUUGACUGGACACCCGAGAGGCUGCAGUGGCUUAUUGAUGGUCAAGUCAUUCGGACGUUUCUGGCAGCCAAUGCGGACAACAAGGACCACCAAUAUCCACAGACCCCAUCCAAGUUCCAAAUGGGAAUCUGGAGCGGUGGCGAUCCCGAUCAGAAUGAUGGCACAAGAAACUGGGCCGGGGGUUAUACUGAUUUAAAGGCGGUUCCAUACACAAUGUUUGUCAAAAGUGUCCGCAUCAAGAAUUACAACCCGGCCAAGCAUUACAAGUGGACUGAUCAGAGUGGGAGCUGGAAGAGUAUUAAGCUUAUAAAUGACACCGUGUCUAGCUCAUCCAGCACCAGUCCUCGAUCAUCAACCAUGUCUACCAGUUCAGUGUCGAGUCUUGCCUCGCCAGCAACGACUGCGGCUAAAAGCACGUCGACCACUUCUAGUGCGACUCAGGUCACAAGUCUUGUGACCUCGAAGGCAAGCACCAUGAGUAGUGCUUCUGGCUCAAGGACUACUACAAGCCCAGCAUCGACAUCUACCAUGAAAUUAUCGGUCGCUUCGAUGACUGGUAGUUCCAGCACUUCAACCUUGAGUAUGAGCACCCGCUUGCCGACAAGCACUACCUCGAGCAUCUCAACUAGUUCAAGAAUGACAAUCUUUGACGCCACUACAUUAUCCACCUCAACUCGCAUAUCAUCUGCUCAAACAACAACUAUUGCCCCUAGCAUACUUCUAAAUCCUGCAAUUCCAGUCACACAGUCUCUGCCAUCCUCAACGGUAGAUACCACCAGUAUUUCCAGCACGGGUCAAACUUUUCCGUCGCCCACCAAAGACGAAGAGAGUAACCCCUUUGCUGUAUAUAUCCCUCCUUCAAUGUCAAUUUCGAGUACGGGCUCCAAUCCGACAUUGCUGCCGUCGCGACUCAUGACGAGCGCAGCAACGCCAUCAAGAACCAUGACGACGGGUGCUCUAUGGCCAUUCAAGCCGUCCCGUAAUGGCCUAUGUGCUUACAGAGCCUUCAAGGUCUGCAAGGACAGCGGGUUUGGUGACUGUUGCUCGCGCUGGGGUUACUGUGGCAGCACCGAGGCAUACUGCGCUGACAACUGCCUGCGGCACUGGGGCUCUUGCUGGAAGCCAGUCGACGAGAAGAAGACAAAUAAACGGAGUGAUUAUCAUUUGGAUCGGAGGGACAGGGCUUAUCCUCCCGGGAAACGGCCCAAUGCAACGGAUAUCGUCUAG